UCGGGGACGCGUUCUUUCAUCGACAACGACAGCAGCGAAGGAGAUGCUGCAAGGUGUGAGGGGAUGUCGAGGAGGAUGGAUACAGUCCACUCCAAGCCUCUCACGCAGUCUAUUCUUCACAUGCACCCGUACACCUCUUCGUCGUCUCCUCUCUGAUCAUCACAUCGAUAGAGCUAGUCUGCCCGCGUUUAUAAACCCCUCUCGACGUUCCCCGCACAGGCCUACCUCCUUUCCUCAUACGUUCACGCUAUCUCUAUCUCGUUCUUGUUCCUCACACAGUUUCCUAAGCAUGUCUACAGGCGCAACCGCAGAGACUACCAAGGACCCGAAUCAAUAUCGUCUUCCGACCGAUCUCAAACCGACUCAUUAUGAUCUCACCAUCCAUACUGACCUCGAGAAGCUCAAGUUUAAUGGUUUCAUCACGGCUCACUUGGAAGUGAAGAAAGCGACUAACUCCAUUACCUUCAACACUGCCGAUCUCACCCUUGGUUCUCUCUCUCUUACUUCUUCGUCUCUCAAUGAACCCUAUGUCCAACCUGCCAGUGCGCUCCAAAUCGACACCAAGGCUGAACGUGCUACACUUCAGCUACCGGCCACUUUACCUGAAGGGUCAACUGCGCAGUUGAAAGUCGGAUUUCAGGCUGAGCUUACUGGUGGUAUGAUGGGUUAUUAUAGGUCUGCUUUUGAGCAGGAUGGAAAGACCAAGUAUUACUCUUUGACUCAGUUCGAGCCUACGGCUGCGCGUCGCGCAUUCCCCUGCUGGGAUGAGCCUCUGCUCAAGGCGACCUUUGCCGUUACGCUUAUCUCGCGCGCAGAUACCUUCAAUUUGAGCAACAUGCCUGCAGAAUCUGAGGAGGCCUACGACCCAAGUGCUUCCUCGUCUGCAACGACUGAGCCUCUAUCUUGGCUUGCGGAGAAGUUGACUGGUUCAACAGAGAAUUGGAAGAUCACCAAGUUUGAGACUACCCCACCGAUGUCAACGUACAUUGUGGCCUUUGCGAAUGGACCUUUCACAUACCUUGAGAGCUCGUAUAAGAGUCCCCUCAGCGGCAAAGUCCGACCUCUUCGCAUCUACACUACUCCGGACGUCAUUCAUCAGGCACAGUUUGCUCUGGAUGUCAAGGAGAAAGUGUUGCCUCUGUACGAACAGGUCUUCGAUAUCGAGUAUCCGUUGCCCAAGCUCGACACUCUUGCAACCGAUUUCGAUGCUGGAGCUAUGGAGAACUGGGGUCUCAUCACAGGUCGUACUUCCGCUUUCCUCCUCGACCCUCAGAAAGUCGACAUCGGCGCGAAGAAGCAGAUCGCGUCUACGCAGAGUCACGAAGUUGCGCACAUGUGGUUCGGAAACAUCACGACGAUGGCUUGGUGGGAUUACUUGUACUUGAACGAGGGUUUCGCAAGUUUGAUGGGAGAGGUUAUCAUCCUGAACAAAGUCUUCCCCGAGUUCAAAGUGAACGCGACUUUCAUCUCUUCCCACUUGAACCGCGCAUUCUCUUUGGACGCCAAGCUCUCGUCGCAUCCUAUCGAGGUGGAAUGCCCUGAUGCUAACAUGAUUAACCAGAUCUUCGACUCGCUAUCUUAUGCGAAAGCCGCUUCAGUCCUCCGUAUGCUGUCCAACUACGUUGGCGAAGAAAAGUUCCUUAAGGGCGUAUCGAUCUACUUGAAGCAACACCUCUACGGCAGUAGCGUUACCGAAGACCUUUGGGAAGGUAUCAAGACCGCUACAGGCGUGGAUAUCCCCAAAGUCAUGGAUGCCUGGGUCAAGCAGAUGGGAUUCCCCGUUGUGACUGUUACGGAGACAAAGGACGGAAUUCACGUGAGGCAAGAUCGGUUCCUCGAGUCUGGGCCUGCUCUGCCUAAGGAUAACGAAACUAUUUGGACUAUCCCCUUGAGCUUGGUCACUGUGGGUGCAGACGGCAAACCUGUCGUCGACAACUCCAUCGUUCUGGACUCACGUGAGAAGACUAUUCCGCUUGAUACGAGCAAGCCUUUCAAGCUGAACGCGGGUACCGUCGGCGUCUUCCGGGUCUUGUACACUCCCGAACGUCUUGCGGCUAUCGCCAAGGAAGCUGCAAAAUCUAAAGGAUCGUUGUUCGGCUUCGAAGAUCGAAUCGGCUUGAUCAACGAUGCGCCUGCCCUUGCAAAGGCUGGUUUGACCGAAGUCAGCAGCGCAUUGACUUUGAUCGACAAUUUCCGCAAUGAGACCGAAUACUUGGUGUGGUCCAGUAUCGCUGACAGUAUCGAGGUGAUCGUCAACACCUGGUGGGAGCACCAGCACAUUGUCGAUCUCCUGAAUUCCUUCCGCAAUAAACUGUUCGUCCCUAUUAUCAAACGUCUUGGAUACGAGUACUCGGAGGACGAGGAUAUUGAUACGAAAGAGUUGCGUACCAAGGCUAUUGUCCAGGCUGCCAAUGCGGAGGAAAAGAGCGUUGUCGAAGAGCUUCGAAGCCGCUUCAAUCACUUCUUGAAGACAGGCGACGACUCUAGGAUUCCUCCAGACUUGCAACGCAUCACCUUCAAGAUCGGCGCACAAAACGGUGGUCAAGCCGAAUGGGAGAAGUUCGCCUCUAUCGUUAACAAGCCACCAACUCCUAGCGCCGCGAUCGCCGCGAUCCUGGCACUGACUUCGUUCAAGGAAGACAAGUACAUCGAGCAGACGUUCAACUUCAUCGACACCAAGUCUCGUGACCAGGAUCUCAUUUACUUCUUCUCUGGUUUGAGGCAAAACUUCAAGUACAGGAAGUACUUGUCCAUGAAGUUCAAGGAAUCAUACGACGCCUAUGUCAAGCGAACAGAAGGAAACUUUUCUCUGCAGUAUAUCGUGCAGUUCUCGCACGAUUCAUUGUCGACGUUUGAGGACUACAAGGAGACAGAGAAAUUCUUCGAGGGCAAGGACACGUCGAAGUACGACAUGACGCUCAAGCAGACUUUGGAUAGCAUUCGUUCAAAGGCGCUCUGGAUUGAGCGAUCGACAACCGAUCUCGUGAACUGGCUUGAGAAGAAGCAAAAGAGCACAUAGCCGCAUACUAACUAGCACAAAGAUCAAUUGUACUGUAGACGCAAAGAGGAUGCGAUGAUCUAAUUGCAGAUAUUCCGCACCGCAGGCAGUAUGGCAUAAGCUACAGCGACUCGGUACGUAUACAAACCCCUCGAUCAUAGGUCCAUUAAAUGAACCUCAAAGACUACGAAUCAUCCACGCGAAGAAUUGUUGUCCGGAUUAUUACAUGGUAGAAUCGUUUGAGGUGGGUCGCGAGUUCGAUUUCUUCCUUAUGAAUGACUGAGCCGUAUUAGUUUGUCUCAUCGUCCCCCAUGCCCGGUACAGUGGGCCGAGAGUACCUUUCUAGUUUAAUUUUAAACCCUGCUACUCACGGCACUGUGCUGCAAUCGACCACAAAAAGGAUUAGUGGCUCCGAAAUAGGUCAGUUCUAGGCACUUGUGUUUGUUGAUGAAGUCUUCAUGAACGUCGUGGUUCGCGCAAGGUUUUUUGGUGAAACGAUACCUAUACGUUAUAUUGAAGCACGGAUGGCACACGCCAGCACCCUGUACUGACUCUAGAAAAAGGUACAAUUGCAUCAUUGUAGAAAUGGAUGCCAUACGUUAUCCUUCUAUGGAGAAAGGGGCUUCAGAAAUAUGGCAUCUCGGACAACGAUCAGAACACAGUCAUAUGUGUACUGCGGUCCACUCCACAAAACGCGGUUUAGCAGCGUCAAUCCAAUUGCUAACUGGCGUAUGUCCUGAACAAAACUAGCAAGGAAUCGAAAGAAGAAAAUGAAAGGAAAAGUUGAAUGUGUGUUUCAUCACAGCGUUGCUUGAUACAUACCGAACAAGAGUGUAAACGCCAUCAAGCGACCGAGGCAUUAAUGGCGAGAGCACUAGUUCUGGGGGUAGGCGAGCAGUAUUGAAGAUCAAAAGAAAUAACAAUACAGCCAAAAAGGUGUAAUACGUUGAGCGCAUGACUAGGGAAUGAGCCCAAUGUUAUCACCGUCUGUAAGUUGUUCGCCGAGAGUCUUGUCGUUUCGUAAUAUACCGGGAUCUCCGUCCGUA